AUGGCUUUAACGAAGGAAGACAGUAAAGACUAUGAAAAAUACCUGGAAGAGUCGUCGAAUGGGGUUCCAUUAACGGUCAAUGUGCCUUCAAACUCCUAUGACGACGAAGAGACCUUAGAGGCAGACGCCAUCCUUCAUAAGGAGAUUGAGGAAGAAGAAGGUAAUCAGAUCAAAUACCGUUCUUGUUCAUGGCAGCGUACAGCGAUGCUUCUAUUCUCCGAGUACAUCUGUCUUGCCAUCAUGUCCUUCCCGUGGUCAUACUCGGUGCUGGGGUUGAUUCCAGGCCUUAUAAUCACCGUAUUUGUCGCAGGUACCACGUUAUAUACGGGUCUCAUCAUUGGUGAUUACUGUUCUCGUUAUCCACAUCUGCAGAACAUUUGUGAUAUUGGAAGACAGUUAUUCUGGGGUAAGCAAUGGGCAUGGUAUGCUACUGCAGUGUGUUUCCUUUUGAACAACACAUUGAUCCAGGCUUUGCACGUCUUGGUUGGGGCUAAGUAUCUCAACACAGUGACGCACCAUAGCCAAUGUACAGUGGUUUUUGCUGUUAUAUCAGCUGCGAUUUGCUUUCUCAUCUCAUUACCGAGAACGUUUUCCCAUAUGUCAAUCAUUGGACUGUUCUCCGCUGCAACGAUGUUCAUUGCUGUUUUGUUGGCGAUGAUCUUUUCAGGCGUGCAAGAUCAUCCUGAUAACUUUAUCGAAGGAGAACCUGUUAAGUGGCACCUGUGGCCCCAGGAAGGCACAACGUAUGUCUCUGGAAUGUCUGCCAUGCUUAACAUUGUGUACACAUUUGUUGGACAAAUCUGUUAUCCUUCCUUCAUCGGUGAGAUGAAGAACCCAAAGGAAUUCAAAAAGGCACUAUAUUUGGUGACUCUAUGCGAAGUGAUUGUCUUUGCACUUGCAGGCUCCAUCGUAUAUGUGUAUGUAGGUAAUUCAUACAUUACUGCACCUGCCUUUGGAUCCUUGCAAUGGAAGUACAAACUUGCAGCUUUCUCAUUUGCUAUUCCUACCAUCAUAUUCUUGGGCUCACUAUACGGCAACGUAUCAUCACAGUUGUUGUUUUUCAAAGUGUUUGACUCCAAGAGUAAGCAUAGAACAUCACACACGCUGAAAGGUUGGAGUGUGUGGAUCCUCAUCAAUGCUGCCACAUGGAUUGCUGCUUUUGUCAUUGCUGAAGUCAUUCCGUUCUUCUCCGACUUGUUAUCUUUGAUGUCGUCGCUGUUUGACUGUUGGUUUGGUUUUGUAUUCUGGGGAGUUGCCUAUUUCAGAAUAAAAGAGGCCAAAUACCAAGGUCAGUUUACAAACUUUAGACACCUGUUUGGAGUGCUAACCACCAGAGAGAAGGUUGAUUAUGUGAUCUGCUGGGUACUAAUUGGUAUCGGUAUUUAUAUUUUGGGACCUGGUACCUAUGCAUCUGUUGAUUCCAUUGUUCUGAGUUAUCAAAGUGGACUGUAUGGCACAGUCUUUACGUGUGCAAGCAACGGAUUAUAG